AUGCAGCUGAUAGACCAUGAAAAUGAAAGCUCUAUACACACUGAAAUAUCAGUUUCAUCUAACAGAGCAAAGAUGCAGUGGAGUCUGUUUCUGCUCCUUCUGAUGGGUCAGUGUUCCUUCUUCAUGUGUCACCUCCAUGAGUACCACUUUGUUAAAGAGAAGAAGACCUGGACUGAAGCCCAGCAGUACUGCAGAGAGCAUCACACUGACCUGGCCACAGUGUCUGACAUGACAGACAUGGAGAGACUCCGUGACUCUGCACAGAAUCAAGGUGGAGCCUGGAUUGGGCUUUACAGCUUGUCUCAGAGCACCGCAGGAGAAGACAACAGGAUGUGGCACUGGUCUCUGCCAGGAGUGGAGUUCAAUGAUACUAAUAGAAAAUGGGCUCCAGAUGAACCAAAUGAUGUUGACUCUCCUGAAAACUGUGUGUGUAUACGUAAUAACUUAUGGCGGGACUUCCAUUGUACAAAGCCUAAGCAUGCCUUCAUCUGCUACGAUGAAAGGAAGCAAUCCAACAAGACAUUCCAUCUGAUUAAAGACAGGAUGAGCUGGCCACAGGCUCAGAGCUACUGCAGAGAACAUCACACUGACCUGGUCAGUGGAGACCAACAGUUAGAGGACGACGAAUUCAAGGAUGAGUAUAAGUCAAACAAGUGCGUGUGGAUCGGCCUGUUCAGAGACUCCUGGAGGUGGUCAGAUGGGAGCAAUUCCUCUUUCAGAUACUGGGCUCUGGAGUCAGUUAACGAUUAUCAUCACAACAAAUGUGCUAUGACUAAGUUCAAUGGAAAAUGGAGAGCAGCCAGAUGUGACCAUAAAAAACCCUUCUUCUGCUAUAAUGGAACAACCACAAAGAAAGGAACAACAGCAGGUCCCUCAUCAUCCACUGUUACUGAGGACAAGACACAAGAUAAAAUGAUCCUGAUCAAGGAGAACAUGACCUGGGAGGAAGCCUUGUAUUACUGCGAAGAGAAAUACCAUGACCUGGUCUACAUCACCAACCUUAACGAGCAGCGAUGGGUCCAAGAGAAAGCCAAGAAGGCCAACAGUCCCUACGUCUGGCUGGGACUGCGCUACACCUGCACUCUGGGUUUCUGGUUCUGGAUUGAUGACAAGAUGGUCACCUAUAAGAACUGGGACACAGAUGUACCAGCGGAUGACUGUGACAUGUCUGGAGCCAUGGACAGAGGAGGAGAACAUAAGUGGUUCAAAAAGAAUGACAAUGAGAAGUUUAAUUUCAUCUGUUCUACGUGCUAAACCCUCUAUACUCACUGUUAGCAGGCCUUUGAUUCAUUUACUCACUUUGUUUGCAGUGCUGUGUUACUUUAGGAAACAUUUACACUAUAACAUGUGUUUGUUGAACGGCAUUCUGGGACAUGUAGUAAUCCCAACCUGAGGGGGAGAGAUGUGAAAUCACCAGCAGACUUUUUAACAGCAGAUUUAAAUAGAGAGAAAGUAGCUACAUUGAAGUCAGUUUCAAAGCAGCAUCAGAUUACUGAGGAUGUGACCCUGUGAUGGGUUUUUCUGUCUCUUUAUUCUGAUUCAACAACACCUGAGUUAUCAAUAUUUGUCAUUUUCUGAGCUUGUUGUUGUUAUAUUUUAUUUCUCUAUCUUUAAUUCAUCUUUUGAGGUUGUAUUUAGUUUUCUGUAUAAUUCACAGUGUGUAUGGUCGACAUCUUUAUGGUAGGAACUGGAAUGAAUACACCAGUCUACAGUGUACUGGUUUGAUUUUGCUCUCAUGUAUUCAAAUAUGGAACAUUUUACUAUAUUUUCAGGUUUUGAUAAAGAUCUGGUGAUGGUUAUAUUAUGUAAAAUCUUUGUCUUUGAUUAUCACAUUUUUGGAGUUUGAUGUAAACAGAUAAUUUCUCUCUCUGAAGC